CGCGCGGGUCACGUGGGCCGGUUUUCGCGCGAAAACUGGUUGUUGCGGGAGCGGAGCGGAGCGCGGCGUGGCCAUGGCGGAAUCAUCCGAGUCCUUGGGCACAGCAUCCAGCCCGGCCCAGCGGCGGCGCCGGCGCAGCAAUGACCCCCUCACCUCCAGCCCGGGCAGGAGCUCCCGGCGUGCCGACGCCCUCACCUCCAGCCCCGGCCGGGACCUUCCACCCUUUGAGGAUGAGUCUGAGGGCCUGCUGGGCACCGAGGGCCCCCUGGACGAGGAGGAUGAGGAGGGAGAGGAUCUGAUUGGAGACGGCAUGGAGAGGGACUACCGUCAGAUCCUGGAGCUGGACACCUACGAGCCGGAGGGGCUGGCCCUGGACGACGAAGACGUGGAGGAGCUGACGGCCAGCCAGAGGGCGGAGGCCGAGCGGGUCAUGCGGCAGCGCGACCGGGAGGCGGGCCGGGGCCUGGGCCGCAUGCGCCGGGGGCUCCUGUAUGACAGCGACGAGGAGGACGAGGAGCGGCCGGCCCGGAAGCGCCGGCAGGUAGAGCGGGCCACUGAGGAGGGUGAGGACGAUGAGAUGAUCGAGAGCAUCGAGAACCUGGAGGACCUCAAGGGCCACUCGGUGCGCGAGUGGGUGAGCAUGGCGGGGCCCCGGCUGGAGAUCCACCACCGCUUCAAGAACUUCCUGCGCACGCACGUGGACGGCCACGGCCACAACGUCUUCAAGGAGCGCAUCAGUGACAUGUGCAAAGAGAACCGCGAGAGCCUGGUGGUGAACUACGAGGACCUGGCGGCCCGGGAGCACGUGCUGGCCUACUUCCUGCCCGAGGCGCCCGCCGAGCUGCUGAAGAUCUUCGACGAGGCCGCGCUGGAGGUGGUGCUGGCCAUGUACCCGAAGUACGACCGCAUCACCAGCCACAUCCACGUGCGCAUCUCCCACCUGCCCCUGGUGGAGGAGCUGCGCUCGCUCAGGCAGCUGCACCUGAACCAGCUCAUCCGGACCAGCGGCGUAGUGACCAGCUGCACGGGUGUCCUGCCCCAGCUCAGCCUGGUCAAGUACAACUGUAACAAGUGUAACUACGUGCUGGGCCCCUUCUCGCAGACCCAGAACCAGGAGGUGAAGCCGGGCUCCUGCCCCGAGUGCCAGUCCCUGGGCCCCUUCGAAGUCAACAUGGAGGAGACCAUCUACCAGAACUACCAGCGCAUCCGGAUUCAGGAGAGCCCAGGCAAAGUGGCCGCCGGCCGGCUGCCACGCUCCAAGGACGCCAUCCUGCUGGCCGAUCUGGUGGACAGCUGCAAGCCAGGCGACGAAAUUGAGCUGACCGGCAUCUACCACAACAACUAUGAUGGCUCCCUCAACACCGCCAACGGCUUCCCAGUCUUUGCCACGGUCAUCUUGGCCAACCACGUGGCCAAGAAAGACAACAAGGUCGCCAUGGGGGAGUUGACGGACGAAGACGUGAAGAUGAUCACCAGCCUGUCCAAGGACCAGCAAAUCGGGGAGAAGAUCUUUGCUAGCAUCGCCCCAUCCAUCUACGGGCACGAGGACAUCAAGAGGGGCCUGGCGCUCGCGCUCUUCGGAGGGGAGCCCAAGAACCCAGGCGGCAAGCACAAAGUGCGAGGGGACAUCAACGUCCUCCUGUGCGGAGACCCCGGCACCGCCAAAUCACAGUUCCUCAAGUACUUGGAGAAAGUGUCCAGCCGAGCUAUCUUCACCACGGGCCAGGGCGCCUCAGCCGUGGGUCUCACAGCUUACGUGCAGCGGCACCCGGUCAGCAGGGAGUGGACGCUGGAGGCCGGGGCCCUGGUGCUGGCGGACCGAGGGGUGUGUCUCAUCGACGAGUUUGACAAGAUGAACGACCAGGACAGGACCAGCAUCCACGAGGCCAUGGAGCAGCAGAGCAUCUCCAUCUCCAAGGCCGGCAUCGUCACUUCCUUGCAGGCCCGCUGCACCGUCAUCGCCGCAGCCAACCCCAUCGGAGGCCGCUAUGACCCGUCCCUGACCUUCUCAGAAAACGUGGACCUCACUGAGCCUAUCAUUUCCCGCUUCGACAUCCUGUGUGUGGUGCGGGAUACAGUGGACCCUGUCCAGGAUGAGAUGCUGGCCCGUUUCGUGGUGGGCAGCCACAUCAGGCAUCACCCCGGCAACAAGGAGGAAGCAGGGCUGGGCGGUGGCGACGCCUCAGAGCCCGCCAUGCCCAACACGUAUGGCGUGGAGCCCCUGCCCCAGGAGGUCCUGAAGAAGUACAUCAUCUACGCCAAGGAGAAGGUCCGGCCGAAGCUCAACCAGAUGGACCAGGACAAAGUGGCCAAAAUGUACAGUGACCUGCGGAAAGAGUCCAUGGCCACAGGCAGCAUCCCCAUCACCGUGCGGCACAUCGAGUCCAUGAUCCGCAUGGCCGAGGCCCACGCGCGCAUCCACCUGCGGGACUACGUGAUGGAGGACGACGUGAACAUGGCCAUCCGCGUGAUGCUGGAGAGCUUCAUCGACACGCAGAAGUUCAGCGUCAUGCGCAGCAUGCGGAAGACCUUCGCCCGCUACCUCUCCUUCCGGCGGGACAACAACGAGCUGCUGCUUUUCAUACUGAAGCAGUUGGUGACCGAGCAGGUGACUUAUCAGCGCAACCGCUUUGGGGCCCAGCAGGACACCAUCGAAGUGCCGGAGAAGGACUUGGUGGAUAAGGCCCGGCAGAUCAACAUCCACAACCUCUCAGCCUUCUACGACAGUGAGCUCUUCCGGAUGAACAAGUUCAGCCUCGACCGGAAGCGGAAAAUGAUCCUCCAGCAGUUCUGAGCCCGGGUGGAAGUUCUGCUUCCAGCCCAGGGGUUGCAGACAAGAAACCAUAGCUGGGGGC